AUGGCAGCCAAGCGGAAGGCGGCUAAGAAGGUUGUCGAGGAACAAGUAUCCUUGGGUCCCCAAGUUGCCGAUGGAGAGUUUGUCUUCGGCGUUUGUCACAUAUAUGCGUCGUUUAACGAUACAUUUGUCCACGUCACUGAUCCUACUGGUGCGGAAACUAUCGUUCGUGUAACUGGUGGAAUGAAAGUCAAGGCUGAUCGCGACGAAUCCAGUCCAUAUGCAGCUAUGUUAGCUGCUCAAGAUGUGGCGGAAAAGUGCAAGUUGUUAGGGAUUAAUGCCCUUCACAUACGGAUUCGUGCGACAGGUGGAACGAAUCCUGCGGCCCAGUCGGCACUCCGUGCUCUUGCGCGUUCGGGUAUGCGCAUCGGCCGCAUUGAAGACGUGACGCCAAUCCCUACGGACAGCACAAGAAGGAAAGGUGGUCGCCGCGGCAGAAGACUGUAA